AUGAAGAGUAAACUCUGGGCUUUGUUUGCCAUCGGAGAACUUUACUCUGCUCAUACGGUUAACAAAGUGUACGGAUACCCUGGCAUGUUGUACUUUGCCAAGGCGACGAAAGGGCUUGCUGUGAUCAGCGAACGACCACACAUCGACGCUAUCGAGAUUCGACUGCUGCUGUCAUUUUAUUCACUGGGAAUCAACCGUCGCCACUCAGCAUAUGUUUUGGCAGGCUCUGCAGUGCGCUUUUCAGUUGUCAUGGGCCUUCAUCUUAAUGUUCCCGAAAGCCAGCUCAGCGAUGUACUGGCUCGAGAGCAUCGCACUAGAGUGUGGUGGACGGCAUACACCUUUGACCGGAUGUGGGCACUGAAUCUCGGGAAUCCAAUCGCUGUGCCAGACGAGGCUGUUGACGUGGCCAUGCCCUCUGAUCCAGACCCAUCUCUGCCUGAGUCAAGCGACUUUGCAGAUGCCGCCCAUUACAUUGCCCGAAUCCACCUUGCAGAAAUAUCAGGUAGGAUGGUUCAGUCCAUCUACGUCCGGAAAACCCACACGACACAACAAGAAGUAAUGCUAUCGCAGCGUGUGCAAAGAAUUUUAAAGGACCUACAUGAGUGGGCAGAGAAUAUACCACCCUCCUUGCGUCUCGAGAACACACUGGAGGGUUCUACUCUGAAGUCGACUUCGCUGUCUCUGUAUCUUUCUUUUAACCAAAGUGUCAUUGUGGCAACGAGGCCUAUUUUGCUCUACAUAUUUCGGGCAUAUGCUUCCUCCUGGAAGGAUUCCACCGCACCUGAGCCACAGAUCCCAGCGUCUGCUGCCAGUAUUGCCGAAGCCUGUUCUAGAUGCGCGCGUGAAUCCUUGAAUUUGCUUACCGAACGCUGGGUCGAUGGAUCAUUCCCUACCUUCGACUACUUUUACCCACAGUAUCUCUUCUCUGCCGGCACGAUUGUGGCAGUCUCAAGUUUAUUGCCCAGAUCGAAAGACAAGUCUGAGAAGGACAGCGAGCAGUUUGAUUCUGCCAUAGACGUGCUCAUGGAGUUGCGUGACAGCGGGCACCUUGCUGCAGCGGAGUUUUGCCAGCACUUCGAAGCCAUCAAGUCUUUGACAAACAACUUAUCAGCCACUCGUGGCGAUCCGGAUGAGCCGCCAUCCAUCUUGAAGAACCUAACUGCUUUUAAUAGCCCUUCAACGGCUGCGGCACUUGCCAUCAACCCUAUUGUCACACCUGGGCAUACUGCUAGUCUACCGGGGCAGUCUCUGCAAGAGUUGCUUAUGCCUCCCAGCCUCGACCUUGAGUUUAUCGAUAGCACACUCUUCCAGGAUAUCUCGCAAGGUCUCUACUGGCCCAAAAUCUCUCCAGAUAACGCGGGAGAGGAUGAUUGGACCACGUGCGUCCGCACCAACCACGUCGACUGCACCUACGUCCCGCUUCAGAAGGUCGCUACCCCUGACAGAGGUUUUCAAAAGCAAGACGAUCCGGUAUCUGUCUCCAAGGAGUUUGGUCUCGUUGCACUGCAUGAAGCCACCUCGGGGGUAUCGGAGCUGCCGGUUAUCCUAACUCCUGGGCACUCAACACGAUCUGACCCGUGGGUAAACGAGGAGCCUGUCCCGCAAACAGCCGGGCACUUCUCCAUUGCAGGCUCUAGCCCCGAUGAUCAUUCUGGUCCGGCAGACUUUGGCCUGUGGCAACCUGUUCGCCCUGUUUCUUCUUCAGCGGCCCGGGCAUCCAGGCCCAAGGAUGCUCUGCUUGACCGAAUCCGGCAGCUUGAACAGCAGGUAGCAGACCUCAAAGGGCAAUGCAAGCAUACAGGCGGGGACCUUCUCGAAGAUGGUAUUACUCCUUCAGUGGGAUUGAGAUACAGCCGCGGCUCUGUCAGCAAGACUCGAUUCUUCGGCCAGAGUCACUGGAUGAACUCGGCAGAUAUGCUGUAUCGGUUGGGACAUAUUGCGAGAAAGUUGGAGACCGAUGAGACAUCUCAGAUUUGCCACGACCUCAGAACAUGCAAGAACUUGGGCCGCCUGAUCAAGUCUCGUCGCACCCCCAAGUUCAAUACCAUCACCAUAGGUGAAAAUGUUCCUACCAGGGAGCUGGCAGACACUCUCAUAGACUGCUAUCUCAGGACCUUUGAGUCCAUUCAUCGUAUCCUCCACAUACCAAGCUUCAAAGCAGACUACGAGCAGUACUGGAAAACCCCGACUGAGUUGCCUGACCACUUCCUCAUUCUGAUGCAAUUGUGCAUGGCAAUCGGCGCCACCUUUCAUGAUGAAUUGUUCACACUUCGGACACAGGCCAUCCAUUGGUUUUGGGAAGGGAUGGUCUGGCUCUUGACGCCUUGCGAAAAAUCGAGAAUGACAAUCGUCGGUUUGCAGAUCCGCUGUCUCUUGCAUUAUUUGCGACAGACAGUGAAUAUCGGCUCUGACCUUACAUGGAUCGGAGCAAGCUCGUUGGUCACAACUGCAAUGUAUAUGGGGCUGCAUAGAGACCCCAAGAAUCUUGUGAAAAUGACACCAUAUCGUGCCGAGAUGCGACGACGACUUUGGGUCACGAUUCUGGAAAUAUGCCUCCAGUCUAGCCUUGACGCAGGAGGACCACCGAGCAUCUCGAUACCUGAUUAUGACACAGAGAUACCGGCUAAUCUCGAUGAUGAGUGUCUGAUCGAGGGCGCGGAUAUGCCUAACCUUCGACCAAAGUCUAACAACGCGUUUACCCAGAUGACGAUUCCACUUGCCCUCUUCAGGACCUUCCCUACUCGUCUCGCUAUCGCUAAACGGGUGAACGAGUUGCGUUCUGAUACCAUAUACGAGGAAACGUUGAGACAGAGCGGCGAGUUGAGGAAAACUCUGCAGUCUCUGAUGAAAGAACUCAAGGCACAUCCGGAGACAUCGUCUUUCCAGCUGCGUUUCGUCCAGCUGGCAACCCACCGCCUUUUCUUUGCUCUGCACCAUCCGAUUACCCCGCUUGCCAAAUCCAACCCUCUAUAUUCCUACUCUCGGAUGAUUUGCAUGGAAAUAGCGCUCCGGAUCUGCCAAUCCGCGUACUUGCUGCCCGAAAAAUCAAGUGGUGCCAUCGACAUAUCAGCUCAGCAGUCAGAGAUAGAUUUCCGUCGGCUCACUGUCAAUGCCUCCGGAAGCUUUCGAAGUGUUCCCAUCCAGAGCGCCUUGGUCAUAGGGCUCGAACUUAUCAACCAGAAGGAGGCCGAGAACAAAAACAGACCCACGAUGCCGCUGAUGAUCGAGCCUGAGCUUCACAGGAUUUUCGAGGGAUAUGCCGACUGGUCACGUUCGCGGAUACGGUCUGGGGAGACAAAUAUCAAGGGACACUCGAUCGGGGUAUUGCUGCAGGCCCAUUUCGACGCCUUCGACUCCGAAUUCACCGAAGAAGAGACCGAGAAGCUGUUUGAAAGGUCUUGUAGUGCACGCGUCACCGAGUGCCUGGGCUUGCUUCGAGAGCUGGCCGGGAUCACCGUUCACGAAGAGAGUUUCGAUGAGUUGGAGUACCAUGAUACUGACAUGGACUUUGAUUUCGGUGCAGGCCUGUUUGGUGCUUGGGAGUGGGAUCCGAUGGAUGGCGUGUUCUAG